AUGGCCCAUGAAACCAACCCCAUCGACGUCGUUUGCGCCUCUGGCGCAAAGAAAGAGUCGAGCUAUAUCGUGCAUCUGAAGGCCAGCGUCGACAUGGCCGCCCAUCUCCAGUGGCUUCGUCAACGACUCUCUGGCGAUUCGGAGAUCAAGGAUGAUUACUCCUUCAUGAACGCGUUCUCGGGCAAGUUCAACGAGCAAACCCUCGCCGCUCUCCGUACCUCUUCCGACGUGGAGAGGAUCGAGGAGGAUGCAGAAAUCUCGCUGUUCAGCAAGAUAGUGCAGGGACCUGCACCGUGGGGCUUGAACCGGAUCAGCCAACGCCCCUGGCUUAAGUUCGAGUACACUUACAUUGGUGCAAGCAACCCUGUGGAUAUCUACAUAGUCGAUACCGGUAUCUUCACUUCGCACAUCGAGUUCGGAAGUCGUGCCUCAUGGGGUUACACCUACAAAGGCCUCCCCAACGUGGACGACAACGGCCACGGCACGCAGGUCGCUAGUGUCGCAGGUGGCACGCACGCUGGGGUCUUCAAGAAUGCACACCUGAUCGCUGUCAAGGUCUUCGAUGCCAAAGGGAACGGUUCGGUGACUGCCACACUGGCUGGAAUCGCCUACAUCAUGCGGGCUGUUCAAGCCUCGCGUCGCCCUUCCGUGGUCAAUUUCAGCUUUGGCUUCUAUGAGCCUGACCCGACCCUGAUAUCUCUCGACAAGGCCAUUGCAAAGAUGACGGAUGCCGGAAUUCACGUCUGUGCUGCCUCCGGAAACAACAAUGUCAAUGCAGGCUUAGUGAGCCCCGCCCGUGCACCAUCUGCGGUCACAGUUGGCGCAUCCAACAUGCUCGAUCGGCGCUGGUACUCCUCCAAUUAUGGGGCCGUCCUGGACAUCUUUGCUCCCGGAGAGAACAUUCAGAUGGCCACCAUAGGCGACAGGAGCGCGACGAUUUACAGCAGCGGAACUUCGUUCGCUUGCCCUCACCUCGCCGGCCUGAUUGCAUAUACGAUUUCGCUCCGAGGAAACCAAUCGCCGUCCGCAAUGUCCCAGUAUCUCAAGAGCACUGCAUUGGCUAACGUCCUCGGUGACAUCCCUGCGGGCACCCCGAACUUCCUCGCUAACAAUGGUUUUUGA